CGGCCCGCGCGCCCGAACUGCAUAUAGCAUCCAUUGGAAGACACUUGGCAUUCUCUGCUCGCGUACUGUUGUCACCAGUAUUUCUUUUUAACAUUGUUUUACCAUUUUUAAGGCAUUUUAGUCAUUUUAUUCGGACUUUUAGAUAGUUAUUCACAAUGCCAACCAAGACCUCAUUGUCUCUGCCCGAGGAUGUCAGGAAAAGGCUGCAGGUAUUGGAGAAGGAGGACGAUGGGUUUUCAGAUGAGGACCGUGUGAAGGAGAAGCUCAAGCUGGUCCAGGAAUUCCUGCAUGAUGACGCUCAAGACCAGCUCAGUAGCCUGAAAGAGAAGAUGAAAAGUUCAGAGAUCUCCGUGGAGGGCUACCUUUCCAAAGUCAAGGCCUUAUUGGUACGGGAGCUGUCCCAGUCCACAAAUGGCGAGGGUGUGAAUGGGCAGAGUGGGAAGACUAACGGUCUGGCCACAAACGGCUCCCACAAAGGGGAGGAGGACGCAGAGGUAACCAUGGACACCCAGGAAGAGGCGGCACCUCUGAAGUCCCCCACCGCUGCUAAAGGAAAGAAUGGCCGAAAGAGCAAGUCGGACUCGGAUUCAAAGAAAUCGCCUGCAAGCGCCCGGGUCACAAGGAACAGUGGAAAACAGCCGACCAUCAUGUCCAUGUUCCCGAAAGUACAAAAGAGGAAGUCUGAUGAGGUAAAUGGAGAAGACUCAAUUGCACAGAAUGGGCAGAAGGAACAGAAUGGGCAAAGUGAGCAGAAUGGAGAGAAAGAAGUCAAGAAAGAAGAGGAGGAGGAGGAAGAUGGAACAGAGUCCCGGGAAGAGAAGCGUCUGAAAGUUGAUUCUGAUGAAAGUGUUCCUGAGAAGGCCACAAGUGAAGUAAAGAAUACACCAGUCACUGCUGCAAAGACCCCACCUCCAAAAUGUCCAGACUGCAGGCAGUACUUGGAUGACGCGGACCUCAAGUUCUUUCAGGGGGAUCCUGACACUGCGCUGGAUGAGCCGGAGAUGCUUACGGAUGAGCGCCUGUCACUGUUUGACUCAAAUGAGGAUGGAUUUGAGAGCUACGAGGACCUCCCACAACACAAAAUCACUAACUUCAGCGUGUACGACAAGAAGGGCCAUCUUUGCCCUUUUGACGCUGGUCUGAUCGAGAAGAACGUGGAGCUCUACUUCAGUUGUGUGGUUAAGCCCAUCUACGAUGACAACCCUUGCUUGGACGGGGGAGUUCCUGCUAAGAAGCUCGGGCCCAUCAAUGCUUGGUGGAUCACAGGGUUUGAUGGUGGAGAGAAGGCUUUGAUUGGCUUCACUACAGCCUUUGCCGAUUACAUCUUGAUGCAGCCCAGUGAAGAGUACUCGUACAUCUUUGCACUCAUGCAGGAGAAGAUUUACAUGAGUAAGAUAGUGGUGGAGUUCCUACAGAAGAACCCUGACGUCUCUUAUGAGGACCUCCUCAACAAAAUCGAGACCACAGUGCCUCCCGCAGGGCUCAACUUCAACAGCUUCACAGAGGACACGCUGCUGCGCCACGCCCAGUUUGUGGUGGAGCAGGUGGAGAGCUACGACGAGGCCGGAGACCAGGACGAGCAGCCCAUCAUAGUCACCCCCUGCAUGAGGGACCUCAUCAAACUGGCCGGAGUCACCCUGGGAAAGAGGAGAGCCGCCAGAAGACAGGCCAUACGCCACCCAACCAAGAUCGAAAAGGACCUCAAGGGACCCACCAAGGCAACCACCACCAAGCUGGUCUACACCAUCUUUGACACCUUCUUCUCCGACCAGAUUGAUCAGAUAGACAAGGAUGGCGGCAUCAAGAGGCAACGCUGUGGUGUCUGUGAAGUAUGCCAGUCUUCAGACUGUGGCAAGUGCGUCGCAUGCAAGGACAUGAUCAAGUUUGGCGGAAGUGGCAGAAGCAAGCAGGCCUGUCGACAGAGGAGGUGUCCGAACCUCGCAGUAAAGGAGGCGGAGGACGAUGAGAACAUCGAAGAGGAAGAUAUAAUUGUGGAGAUAAAGAAGAGCAGCAAGAAGGUCCCCAUAGCAAAGAAGAAGAAGCAGGCCUCGGUCAAGCUCUCGUGGGUGGGAGAGGUUGUCGAGACUGAGGGAAAGAGGCGGUACUACAAGAAGGUGAAGGUGAAUGAAGAGCUCCUGGAGGUGGGAGACUGCGUCUCGGUGUCUUCAGAGGAUCCGACUACUGCCCUCUACCUGGCCAGGAUCACCUCCAUGUGGGAGGACGGCAGCGGCAAGAUGUUCCACGCACACUGGUUCCUUCGGGGGACGGCCACCGUGCUGGGAGAGUCCUCCGACCCACUGGAGCUGAUGCUGGUGGACGACUGUGAAGACAUGCAGCUCAACUACGUGGAGAGCAAAGUCAAUGUCAUGUACAAGGCCCCCACCGACAACUGGGCCAUGGAGGGUGGAAUGGACGAUGAGAUAAAAGUGAUCGAGGACGACGGCAAGAGUUUCUUCUACCAGUUCUGGUACGAGCCGGAGUGCGCUCGCUUCGAAACGCCGCCGGCCUUCGUCCCCUUGGACGCCUCGAAACACAAGCACUGCAUGAGCUGUGCCAGGACCAACGAGAAGGAGGAGCAGGAGACCCCUCGCGUGGCCGAGCCCCUGGGUUCCCAGGACCACGACUCCAAGGCGGUCUAUGCCCUGGCCCUCUUCAAAGGCGCUCAGUACAGAGUGGGGGACAGUGUAUUCCUUCCCCCUGACGCUUUUAACUUCAGCGUUAAGGCGGCUAGUCCGGUCAAGAAAUCUCACAGGAAGGAGGAUGUUGAUGAAGACCUGUUUCCGGAGUACUACAGGAAGUCCUCGGAUUACAUCAAGGGCUCUAACCUGGACGCACCCAAACCCUUCCGCAUCGGCCGCAUCAAGGAGAUCUUCUGUCACAGACGCAACGGGAAGCCGGACAUGUCUGAGGUCAAACUGAGGAUCUACAAAUUAUACAGGCCUGAGAACACUCACAAAGGCGUGAAGGCCAGCUACCACACAGAUAUUAACCAGCUGUACUGGAGCGAGGAGGAAGGCACCGUCGGCAUGGCCGAGGUGCUGGGCCGCUGUCAAGUGGAAUAUGCGGAGGACCUGAAUGAGUCUGUGCAGGACUUCUCCAGUGGUGGCCCCGACCGCUUCUACUUCCUUGAGGCUUACAAUGCAAAAACAAAGGGCUUUGAGGACCCACCCAACCACGCCCGGUCUUCUGUCCAGAAGGGUAAAGGAAAGGGCAAAGGAAAAGGAAAAGGCAAAGGAAAGUCCUCUGCGCCACAGGAGGACGUCCAGGAACCACAAGUGCCCAAAGUGCCCAAGUACCGCACGCUGGAUGUGUUCUCUGGCUGUGGUGGGCUCUCUGAAGGCUUCCAUCAGGCUGACAUCUCGGAGACCCUGUGGGCCAUCGAGAUGUGGGAGCCGGCCGCUCAGGCCUUCAGGCUGAACAACCCCGGCACCACGGUGUUCACGGAGGACUGCAAUGUGCUGCUGAAGCUGGUCAUGUCCGGGGAGAAGACCAACUCCCUGGGCCAGAAGCUGCCGCAGAAGGGCGACGUGGAGAUGCUGUGCGGAGGCCCGCCGUGCCAAGGCUUCAGUGGCAUGAACCGCUUCAACUCGCGCACCUACUCCAAGUUCAAGAACUCCCUGGUGGUCUCCUACCUGAGUUACUGCGACUACUACAGACCCAAGUUCUUCCUCCUGGAGAACGUGAGGAACUUUGUGUCCUUCAAAAGCUCCAUGGUGCUGAAGCUGACCCUGCGCUGCCUGGUGCGCAUGGGUUACCAGUGUACCUUCGGGGUCCUCCAGGCCGGUCAGUACGGUGUGGCCCAGACGCGCCGGAGGGCCAUCAUCUUGGCGGCCGCCCCGGGGGAGAAGCUGCCCCGGUACCCGGAGCCCCUGCACGUGUUCGCUCCCCGGGCGUGCUCCCUGAACGUGGUGGUGGACGAGAAGAAGUACUUCAGCAACGUCACACGGGGCAAUGGAGGAAUCUACAGAACCAUCACCGUCCGGGACGCCAUGUCGGACCUGCCGGAUAUCCGCAACGGACACGCUUCCCUGGAGAUCUCUUACAACGGGGAGCCCCAGUCCUGGUUCCAGAGGCAGAUCCGGGGAACGCAGUACCAACCCAUCCUCAGAGAUCACAUCUGCAAGGACAUGAGUGCCCUGGUGGAGGGCCGCAUGAGGCAAAUCCCGCUUGCUCCUGGUUCUGACUGGAGGGAUCUGCCCAACCUGGAGCUCCGGCUGAAGGACGGCACCUUGACCAAGAGGCUCCGCUACACGCACCCCGACAAGAAGAACGGGCGCAGCAGCACCGGCGCGCUCCGAGGCGUUUGCACGUGUUCCGGAGGUACGCCGUGUGACCCAGCCGACAGGCAGUUCAACACUCUGAUUCCCUGGUGCCUGCCCCACACUGGCAACCGUCACAACCACUGGGCCGGGCUGUACGGCAGGCUGGAGUGGGACGGCUUCUUCAGCACCACGGUGACCAACCCCGAGCCCAUGGGCAAACAGGGCCGAGUGCUCCAUCCAGAGCAGCACAGAGUGGUCAGCGUGAGGGAGUGUGCGCGCUCUCAAGGAUUCCCCGAUACCUACCGCUUCUUUGGCAACAUUCUGGACAAACACAGACAGGUGGGAAACGCCGUGCCUCCACCCCUUUCCAGAGCCAUCGGUUUGGAGAUCAAAAAGUGCAUCUUGGAGCGGAUUAAAGAGGAGGGCGUGCAAGCAGAGAACGUGAAACAAGAGAAGAUGGAGGUUAUCGAUUAAUUUCCCCGGUGAAGUCCAUUCCUUCGAUCGCGACGCCAGAGCUCUCGGGUUAUCGUUUUUAAUCUUUCGUCUGGCUUCGAGCCGUGUCACUAACUGGCUACUUCCGACGUUCUGUGCAGUUUCAUUCCAUGAAAUCCUCAAGUUUCUAAUGUGGUUUUAACUGUGUAUUGAAAGGCAUUCACAUGAUGUUGAAUAAAUUGUAUGUAGUUUUUAUAUGUUGUAACAUUUCAAAUAAAGCGCUUAUAAAUGGA